GCGCUCUCACUCCUUCCAAGGGCAAGGCGCGGGGGGCCGGAUGUGCGCCGUGACCCAACGGAAGCGCUUGGGAGGCAGCUGGCCCGAUACGGCGGGGCCCUGCGAGCGGGGCGGAGGGAGCGGCACCGGAGGACGCUCCUAUUGCAAAAGCUGUGGUUGAAAAGAAAUAAUUUUUUUAUAAGAAGAGAAUGGAUGGAGAGGAGAAAACAUACGGUGGGUGUGAGGGCCCAGAUGCGAUGUAUGUGAAGUUAAUAUCUUCUGAUGGCCAUGAGUUCAUUGUAAAAAGAGAGCAUGCAUUAACAUCAGGAACAAUAAAAGCUAUGUUGAGUGGACCAGGACAGUUUGCAGAAAAUGAAACAAAUGAGGUGAAUUUUAGAGAGAUUCCAUCCCAUGUCCUAUCCAAAGUAUGCAUGUAUUUCACCUACAAGGUCCGCUAUACUAACAGCUCUACGGAGAUUCCUGAAUUCCCAAUUGCACCUGAAAUUGCACUGGAACUUCUGAUGGCUGCAAACUUCUUAGAUUGUUAAAUAAAAUAAAUUAUAAUAAAAAUGUAAAACUUUUUUCAGUAUUUAAUACAUGUAGUUAAGUUAGUAACUUUUUUCAGAUAGCAUGUUGCGUGUGUGCUGUUGAGAACUGUAAAGUUCACUGCAGAGGCAAUUGUCUUCAGUCCUUUUGCAUAUAGCAAUCAUUCAGUUGAGAUUUGUUUUGCUGCUUACACAAAUAAGGACCUUUUCACAACUGAGACAAAUAAACAGAUAUGCCAAUUAGUAGAUGGCUAUGCCUUAUCCUUUAGGUGUGGUAGAAUUUUCUUUUAAUACAGUGACUGUAUAAAAUACUGGAGUUUAGCUUAAUGCUCUCUAAAAGGUAAUUAUAGUUAAACACAAGUAGUUGUUUAGGGUUUCUAACUUUCUCUUAUUGGUCAAGUUUCUAAACAUCUGAACUUAAUCUCCUUUAUAAGGUGGCUGUCCUUUAGCAUACUUAUACUAACUAGAUUAGAAGUGCCCUCUCUAAGGUUUGUAUACUGACAGCAAUAUUCCAUUUAAGUUGGAAGUGGAGUACGUAGGAGAAUGUUUAAGGCCUUUAAUUUAAUCAUCAUUUAGACAAGUGAAGAAGUGUAUUUGAUGCAAUAUUCCUUUCUAACCUGAAUUUUCUCCUUCAGUAAUUACAAAUAUUCAAGUCACUAGUCUGUACAGUAACACCGUGAUCAUACUGACAGUGGCUUUUAAUCUGUGUAUAUUCUGUGUAACGUAUAAAGUUGUUCUUAAUGUACUGUCACUUGGCCAGAUAUGGAUUCUAUAUAGUUUCAGUUAUGAUUUAUUUCCAUUGUUGUGGUGGAUGACGUACUGUAUUUAAUCUUUAGAUUAGCAGUCAUUCCAGUUUUCUCAAAUAGCAACUGAAAUGAUAGCAGUUAUUCUAUUCUUUACCUCUUCCCUGACCUCUCCCUAAAAUCCACAGAAAAAGACCCUAAAUGUGGAGGCCUUGUAUUGGAUGGAAAGGGCAUUAAGAAGAUGUUUUAGGAGCUUUUUUAAAUAAAUGUAAUAUAGUUAUUUCCAAUGUUUUUACAGAUAUUUUAGAGGAAAAGGAUUGGCAAGCCACUCACAAACUAGAGUGAAGCACAUUAGCUCUUAUUAAUUCCUGCUUCCAAUUGCCUAUAUAGAUGGUUCUUAGUUUAAAACAAAUUUCCAUGAAGCAAAAAAUGAGAAAAAAAAAUAAAGAAGAACUGAGACGAAGUUGCUUCUUGUUCAGUCACGGCCUGAAGAACCCUCCUGCCAAAGUAAUCUGUAAAUGAGAAUGUGUCAUGAAAAGCAAUGCAAGAACAAUGUAGUUAGCAUUUCCACCAGCUNUUGAUUAAGAAAUGAUUGUGCUCUUUUAUGGAAAAGUCUCACUAACAGAUGCUGGAUCUCUUCAUUAAUAUAUUAACUAAGGGUGAAACUCUUGUCUAAGCCUGAUUGCCAACAUAAACACAAUCUGAGGUUUUCCAGACAAAAAAUGGUAACUUGCAUAGGCUGCGCAGUCUGCCUAUGGACGAGUUCAGUUCUGACAAAAUGAACUUACUCUGGACUUUAGCAAUGCUUGAUGGACAAGCAUUGUCAAUGUGUCAACAUGUUGAUAGAUGAGCUGAUGUUAAUUCACAUCACACACUUUGGCACAAUUUAUCGUGUUUAGCAUGGGGAUGUUUAUAAUUAGAUUGGUUUUGCAUGAUAAAGCUGAAGGGUAUUGCAAGGCGAUUGUCUGAAAUCCUAUGUCUGAGCACUAUGGUCAGUGCUAUUAGUAUCUUAUUUUCAAGAGCACUAAAAAGAACAGAGAAAUAUCUUGUUAUGUUGCUUUUGUUAGCGCCGGUAGGAAUAUACUCUAAAAGCUGAAGAAGUACUGACGUAGAUGUUGAAGUUCCAGCUACGCUGCAGGCUGACAGUCUUAAGUUCUUCAGCCAUUUUUAAUAGUCUUGAGGUCAAUGGCUUGAAGCUCAGACUGUUUAGUUUAAAAUAGAAGUAAAAAUAAUGUCAUUUAAAAAAAAUAAUAAAAA